GUAAGGCAUGAAUGAGGAGAUGUGGACAAAGCCUCGGAGCUGUGCUUCCCCCAGAGCAAGCCGUCAAUGAAAGGUGAUUCUCGUUAGUAACGUUUUUAGUUUAGUGGUAACCAAUCUUCCAUAUUUUAAUAAUUGGGUCAUCCACUUGUUCUUUGGUUUAAAAGUACUGUUAAAGUUCAGCUUUCUUUGCGGAAUCUUGAUGUUGAAAAAAAGACUACCUCCCAUGUGGUUUAGCUACGUACCGUGUCUCAGUUUCCUCUUAUGCAAAAUGGGCAGCAGUGGCCUCUGCCUCACAGGGUUGUCAGGAGAUUGUGUUUCCUCAUGAAGAGCACUUAGAACUGUGCCCGUGCUCAGCAAAAGGUCUCAACAGGUGUUAGUGGCCGCUGAAGGUACUGUUUGAAUGUAGGCAUCUGAAGUAGCUGAGGGCAAUGUCUGCUGUGGUUUAUGUGCUCAACUCAACUUCUCUAUAGAGCUCCUUCUAAUGCAGCUGGGCUUUUGUGUUGUGGUUCUAGCACUCAGCCUCCCAUGGCUUAUCCCCUCCCUGCUGCUGGAGCCAGCUUCACCACCCAGCCCGCGCCUGGAAUGGGCCCCGCCAUGACCCUGCCGUUUCCCUCCACGGCCAUCCAGCCACCCAGGUCCGGUGGCCCAGCCGGGUGUGAUGGGCACCAGCCCCACUCCAUCCAGGACUUUGAUUAUGACGGAGGAUUCCUGGAGCCCACCCCCACACCUACCACUGCUCCCUCCUACCAGGACAGUUAUGGCUAUGGACCAUCCACAGCCACCAGUAGCUAUGAAAACAAAGAGUAUCACCUACCUGCUGUGGGCCAGCUUCAACUCCCUGCCAUGACCACGCUCUGCCAGCCAGGGAUCACAGGAGCUUACUGUCAGCCCAGCAGUAGGUACAGCCACGUGCAGCCCCCACAACAGGUGCCCACUACUAGGGAGACAGCCAGCGUCCCAUCCUCCCAUUAUACCUGCCCCCCAGCGUCCAGCGUCCAGCCCGAGGUCUUCGUGUCCACCCUGCCUUCCUACACCUUGUCCUCAACCUCCUAUAGCUUCACCUCCCUCCCGUACACAGGUGAGCUGGUGGUUUCCCUGAGCAUGAAUGCAGUUGAAGCGUGUGACUCUUCUCUCUGCUUCUUAGGACCAAGCUACCAGAACUGUGACAUGUCAGUGUACUCAGCAGCAGGUCCUUACUAUCCUCCACUGCUCCCCCCACAGACGCAGCCUCCACCCCCGCCGCCUCCACCCCCGCCUCCUCCACUCCCAAAGCCUGAGGACUUGUCCCCACAGGAUGGCUCAGGGGACAGCUCUAGUGCCAGUUGCGCCGGCAGCUUCCCCAAGAAGCCACUGGUUCCCACCAGGCUGCUGAAUGGUGGGCCCAGGCAGCCCUUGCUUCACUACUGUGACAUCUGCAAGAUCAGCUGUGCCGGUGCCCAGACCUACCUUGAGCACCUGCAAGGACAGAAGCACAAGAAAAAGGAGGCAGCUGAGAAGAUGGGCACCCAGCCCAAAGGCAGCCCACGUGGGGUGCAGGCGCAACUGCGCUGCGAACUUUGUGCCGUGUCCUGCACUGGGGCAGAGGCCUAUGCCGCUCACAUCCAGGGGGCCAAGCACCGGAAGGUCUUCAAGCUGCACACCAAAUUGGGGAAGCCCAUUCCCACCAUAGAACCGGUGCCAGGGAACUCUUGCACAGCCCAGACCACCUGUACCAGCAAGUCGGCCCCCCUCACCACUGAGAGCCCCCCUGUGGCCUCAGCCAAGCUCGUGGACCCUGCUGGCUCCAGCAUGCACACCACCAGGGCAGAGCUGGCCGAGAGACCUGUGGCCUCGAAGACCACAUGCAUGGGGCCUCCUGAGCCACAGGCAGAGGGCUGCAGACCCCCAGAGGGGAAACUGGCACAUGGGAAAUCAGAGAGGCCAGGACAACUGCCCACCCAAGGAAGCUCUGUGGAAACUUCUGGAAGCUGCUGUGACUCACAGCCCGUGGGCCCAGGCUACGUGCAAGAGGUAUGCAACAAUGAAGGCAAAGUGAUCCGGUUCCACUGCAGUCUGUGCGAGUGCAGCUUCAAUGACCCCAACGCCAGGGACAUGCACGUGAGAGGGCGGCGGCACCGGCUGGAGUACAAGAAAAAAGUCAAUCCUGACCUUCCGAUCUCCAUCAAGCUCAGCAACAGAGCCUGGAAGCUCCUGGAGGAGAGGAAGAGGAAGCAGAAGCAGCAGGUCAGGAAGCAGCUGGAGGAGCUGCGGCGCUGGCACACAGAGAUGAGGUGCUACAGCCUGUGGAAGAGGCGGCCAGAGGAGAAGCCGCAGGCCCAGGAUGAGAGCCUGGGACACUCACCACCCAACCAGCACCUUCCUCCCCUCGUGAGCAGGCCCGGGGUGCCCACCACCAUGUCUCUGCCCACACGGCGGCCCGAGUCCAGUGAUGAUCGCCACGUCUUGUGCAAGCAUGCCACCAUUUACCCCACAGAGAAGGAGCUCCUAGCUGUCCAGAAGGCUGUGUCCCACUCGGAGUGUGCCCUCAAGCUGGUGUCUGACACAUUGGCGGAGGAGAAGUCCAGGGGCCCAGAGCUGGAGGGCAGGGACCGUAGUGGUGUCAACCCCUCUGCUCGGAUCCUGAAAGGUGUGAUGCGGGUCGGCCUCCUGGCAAAAGGACUUCUCCUUCGGGGAGACAGGACCGUGCAAUUGAUCCUGCUCUGCUCCCAGAAGCCCACGCACGCCCUGCUGCAGAGGGUCACUGAGCAGCUGCCCCGGCAGCUCCUGAUGGUGACGGAGGACAAGUAUGAGGUCUCCUCUGACCUGGAAGCCAACAUCAUCAUCUCAUCCUGUGAGGAGCCCAGAAUACGGGUCACUGUGUCUGUCACCUCGCCCCUAAUGCGGGAGGACCCCUCCAUGGACAGAGGAAUGGAAGUACCUUUGCCCGACCCAGGGGAUGUCUUGAGCCUGGAAAAGUGUCUCCAGUCACUGGCCGCCCUCCGCCAUGCAAAGUGGUUCCAGGCACGAGCCAGCGGCCUACAACCCUGUGUAAUCGUCAUCAGGGUUUUUCGGGACCUCUGCCAGCGUGUGCCCACCUGGGGGGUCCUGCCAGACUGGGCCAUGGAGCUGUUGGUGGAGAAGGCUCUGAGCAGUGCCAAGGGGCCCCUGAGCCCUGGGGAUGCCGUGCGACGGGUCCUGGAGUGUGUAGCCUCGGGGAUGCUCCUGACAGAUGGACCUGGACUCCAGGAUCCCUGUGAGAAAGACCAGAUGGACGUGCUCGAGUCCAUGACCCUCCAGCAGCGGGAAGACAUCACAGCCAGCGCCCAGCAUGCCCUGCGCAUGUUGGCAUUUAGGCAAAUCCACAAGAUCCUGGGCAUGGACCCCUUACCGCCGCCCAGAAGCAGGCCUGGGUUGCGCUUCCGGAAGAGGCCCCGGGAGGCUGGAGAGGCUGAGGAAGGCCCAGGGAAGCAGGCCAGUCCGGUGGAGAGGGGCUGUGUGAUGGCCUCGCCUCCCCAGCAGGACUGACAUGCCACUGAGUGGCUGCUUUAUCCCUGAUGUUGGAGUCAUGUUCUCCUUUCCAGUAGCAUUCCAUGGAUUUCUUUAAAAACACUUGUGCUUUGAUCAUUGGUGAAAUUGCAUCACCCAGGGAUGAGAACCUCCAGGUGGGGCAGCACCCCACACCCCGAGGUGCCCCCAGUGCUGCAUAGAAGCUGUAGAAGGUGUAGCACUGCAACUUUGAACCCUGGCACUUUUGCUAGCUUUAAACUCACCUGGGGUUACUAAGGGUGUGGGUUUAUAAAUUGCUUCCUGUGGCUGCCCCAGCCUUGCAUGGACUUGAAAUCACCAGGGCGUGCCCAUCUGGGGCCCCUUGUCCUGAAGGCUAGCCCUGGGAGGCAGGCCAGGGAGAGCUAGGGGUGGGGGCCUGCUCCAAACACACUGCCUCUCCCGCUCACCAGCCUAGAGAUGGCCCUUCAUCCUGGGUCUGCAGGGCCUAAGCUGGGCUCCUCUCCCCUCCCUGCCGUGGGAACAGCAAAAGGGCUGAGUGCUCCUCUGCCCCCCUCCCAGUAACAUCUAUGACCAGAAUCUUCCCUAACCCUGAGGCCCACCCCGACCACUGAGUGCCUUCUGCUUCUGGAGGAGCUGCCCUAUAAUGUCUCAUUUAGGGCUGGGUUUCUCCCAUCUUCCCUGUGUAGGUCUGGCCUAUGCAGGUCCAGCACUUGCCUCAUGGGAGGUCAGGGGCUGUACCUAGUGCAGGACACAGGGUCAGGUACCUCCUGGUGGACAUGGUCCUGGCACUGGUGGACAUGGGGGUAGCUCCUGCCCAGCCCCCACCCCACUCUGUCCAAACCUCCCUUUCUGGUGACCAGAUUUUUUGGCUGGCACUGAAGGAGAAAAGCUUAUCUUUGUGUCAACUCCAUCUACAGUCGCUUGAUUCCUUUGAUUUCGUGUCUGUGUUUAAGGGACAGCCUCUGUGCUGCUUUACAUCUAAUGUAUUUGUAGAGCUACCUGGAAGUUUGGGGGGCAGGGGAAUAAAUGACAUAUGUUUGUCUUUUGGUG